GUUCAAGUCACAUCCAAUAUUUUCUUCGAUUAAAGAAGUUUCUAUAAGCCAUGGUCGCUGGUGGCUUGUCUAGUUUAUGGACGUCCUCUUUAUUCUUUGUGGGUUCUCUUCGUGCCUCUUGCGUCUCCUCCGUCUCUUGCUCGUGACCCAUCUUUGAUUCUUAAUUUUGGCAAUUUAUAUUUCUCUAUAUAGUCAAAUAGAUGCUCGAAUUCCACUUGAAUAAUUUGUAAGCAUACAUCAUUUAGAUGGUCUUGUGAAUCAACAAUUUUAACAUAAUUAAAGACUUAAUAGAUCACACAUUAGUUUAGUCGUUCAAAAAAAUAAAGAUCACAUUAGUUCUGCCGAGAUUAGCGUAAACAUUUGACUUCAUUAUUUUAUAGCAACAAAGUAGUACACUAAUACUGAAUUUUUUCUCCAUGUUUUGGCUCUUAUUAACAAAACCAAGCGAGAGCUUUUACCGGAAGAGGAACUCGAGAGAAGAAAACAAAAAGAGUAAUGCAAACUCAACGGUUCCUGAUAUCGUUUGUCUCAUUAGCAUCAUUUCUCAUAAAUCCUCGAGUUUGCUCUCCGACUUGUGGUUUCCCGGCGAUCUUCAACUUCGGCGACUCUAAUUCCGACACCGGUGGCCUCUCCGCCGCCUUCGGACAGGCCCCUUAUCCUAAUGGUCAAACCUUCUUCCACUCCCCUUCCGGUCGUUUCUCAGAUGGUCGACUCAUCGUUGACUUCAUAGCGGAGGAAUUAGGGUUACCAUACCUAAAUGCCUUCUUAGACUCCAUCGGUUCUAACUUCAGCCAUGGUGCCAAUUUCGCCACCGCUGGCUCCACCGUCCGGCCACCAAACACGACCAUUUCUCAGAGCGGUGUGAGUCCAAUCUCUCUCGACGUUCAAUUGGUUCAAUUCUCCGAUUUCUUCACACGAUCACAACUCAUUCGCAAUCGAGGUGGAGUGUUCAAGCAAUUACUUCCUAGAAAAGAGUAUUUUUCUCAAGCAUUGUACACAUUCGACAUCGGUCAAAACGAUCUCACAGCAGGAUUAAAACUCAACAUGACAACAGAUCAAAUCAAGGCUUACAUUCCAGAUGUUCUCGAUCAACUCUCCGAUGCAAUUCGUAAGGUGUAUAUGAAAGGAGGAAGAAGAUUUUGGAUACACAACACAGCUCCAAUCGGUUGUUUACCGUAUGUUUUGGACCGGUUUCCUGUACCGGCCUCUCAAAUCGAUAGUCACGGUUGUGCGAUUCCCCGCAACGAGAUUGCUCGGUAUUUCAAUUCCGAGCUCAAAACAAGAGUGAUUGGGUUAAGAAAAGAGCUUUCUAAAGCUGCAAUUACUUAUGUUGAUGUUUACUCUAUCAAGCUUACUCUCAUCACUCAAGCCAGGAAACUUGGUUUUAAAUAUCCGUUGGUGGCUUGUUGUGGACAUGGUGGCAAGUAUAAUUUCAACAAGCUUAUCAAAUGUGGAGCUAAAGUUAUGGUGAAAGGGAAAGAGAUUGUUCUUGCCAAGUCUUGUACCGACGUGUCGUCGAGAGUUAGCUGGGACGGAGUGCAUUUCACUGAAACGGCAAACCGUUGGAUCUUUCAGCAAAUAAACGGCGGGGCGUUUUCAGAUCCUUCUCUUCCUCUUAAACUUGUCUGCACCAGAUAGAUAUGACCAAAGUGACCUUUGAAAAUGGGGACUAAUAAAGCUUUUUGGACUCUUUAUAAUAUAUAUUGGUUUUCUUCAUUUCUGUCUAUACUUGCGAGAAUUUGCUCAUGAAAAUGAAA